CGGCCGCCUCUCCCUCUUUCCGAGUCUUCUCCUCCUCUCAAAAUCGCGAAAGGCUUUCGGCCGCGAUAGCGCUUAGGGUUUGCAGUUUGUGCUCGUUUUCUAAUCUCUACUUCGAUUUGUCUUGGAUACUAUCUCUUUGUCUCGGCUGCUGCGUUUUCUUGCUUGGUUGCUCGAAAUUCUUCCCGGGUUGCUUGUUUGGCUACUGAGGUGUUAUAUCGGAGUAUCUUUUCUCUAAUAUUUCAUAUUUAUCUUCAGGUUUUCAGUAUUUCUUGUUUGCUAUCCUCCAUCAUGGCUACUCGACUUCAGUUUGAAAACUGCUGCGAUAUUGGUGUGUUCUCGAAACUUACGAAUGCCUAUUGUCUGGUUGCUAUUGGAGGGUCAGAGAACUUCUACAGCGUGUUUGAAUCUGAGCUUGCUGAUGUUAUUCCUGUGGUGAAAACUUCUAUUGCAGGCACUAGAAUAAUUGGCCGUAUGUGUGCUGGAAAUAAGAAUGGGCUUCUUGUACCUCACUCAACCACUGAUCAAGAGCUUCAACAUCUGCGUAAUAGUCUACCAGAUCAAGUGAUCGUUCAACGAAUUGAAGAGAAAUUGUCUGCUUUAGGCAACUGCAUCGCCUGCAAUGACCAUGUUGCUCUCACUCAUCCCGACCUCGACCGGGAAACUGAAGAUCUCAUCGCUGAUAUUCUGGGAGUGGAGGUAUUCAGACAGACUGUAGCUGGUAACAUUCUUGUUGGCAGCUAUUGUGCAUUUUCUAACAAAGGUGGCCUGGUGCAUCCUCAUACGUCCAUCGAGGACCUUGACGAGCUUUCGACGCUUCUUCAAGUACCUCUCGUGGCGGGAACGGUGAACCGCGGCAGCGAGGUCAUUGCCGCCGGCAUGGCUGUCAAUGACUGGACUGCAUUCUGCGGCCUGGACACCACAGCGACCGAGCUCUCGGUCAUCGAGAGCGUGUUUAAACUAAGAGAAGCUCAUCCAAAUAUGAUUGUCGACGAGAUGAGGAAGUCGCUGAUCGACAGCUAUGUCUGAAACUCGACCCGUUGAGUUAGAUUUGAAUUUGUACGUACUGUUUGGAAUUUUAAGAUUUUUAUUGAUCAUUUUCUUUUAAUUUA